AGCCAAAUCAAUCUUUCUAGAGAUCUCAAAACACAACAACAACAACAAGAAACGAAAACUCAUGAUGCCUUUUCCAACAAAAGCUUCAAAGAACCAACGCAAGAUCUUCUUCGGAUCUUUCAGAUUGCAUUACAAUUGGUGUUCCUCCCAUGUUGCUCCUGUCCCUCAACCUUUUCCUUUCCCUUCUUCUUACAUCAAUGGUGAAGAAGAUGAUGACUCUCAGCUCUCUGGCUACCUCGAGUGGCUCGAACACAAGAAAGUCGAAGAUGUGGAAGAGAUUAGAGAUGUUGUAGCUGAUGAUGGUGAUGAUGAUAUUGAUCAUUUGGCCGAUAUGUUCAUCGCUAAUUGCCACGAGAAGUUCUUACUCGAGAAAGUUGAAUCUUACAGGAGAUUUCAAGAAAUGUUAGAAAGGGGUUUGUGAAUUAUCAGAGGUGGAACAUAGAUUUUGAGUCUUGUCUAAUUAAUUGAUAAUCAUGUU